GUGACAAAUUGACUGCGCUAUCAGCUGGUUAUAUUAGCUCCGGUUCCUUUAAUUGACCACCUAACUAUUCGAAAGCCCUUGCUAGGGAAACCUCCACAAACCAAACCGGGGCCAUUUCGAGUCUCAUCAAUUGUGGAUACGGCCUAAAUACUCGACCAUUUCGUAGGACGGCUCUGGACGCCGCCGAGAAACAUACCGGUGGGCGCCGCCCGGCGCGGCGGAGCCAGCAGCCAUGGUGAAAGCAUAUCUUCGCUAUGAGUUUUCUUCAGCAUUUGGGGUUAUCAGCAGCUCCGCAAACCCGGCCUACGAUGCGAGCGGAAAGCUCCUCUUCACAUCGGCACUGGAGUGCAUCUCGGUGUGGAACGCCAAGCAGGGCAGCCUGGUCCGCACGCUGAGCCCGGUCGUGGCCAGCAGCAGCGGCGGCAGUGGCUCCAGCGCGGCGGUGGCGGAGGUGACGGUCAUGACCUGCGCGCCAACCGGCAGCAUCAUUGCCGCCGGCUAUUCUGACGGCACGGUCCGGCUGUGGGACUACCAGUCCGGAGACUGCGCAGUGACGUUCAAGGGGCACAAGUCCGCAGUGUCCAGCCUGCGCUACCACGGCGGCGGCGCGCUGCUGGCGUCCGGUGGCCGCGACACGGACGUGAUCGUGUGGGACGUCGUGGGCGAGACCGGGCUGUACCGACUGCGGGGGCACAAGGACCAGGUCACGGAUCUGACGUUCCUGCCGCGCCAGUCCAAACUGGUCAGCUGCAGCAAGGACGGCCUGGUCAAGGUGUGGGACCUGGACACGCAGCACUGCUGCCAGACGGUGGGCGGCUACAAGGCGGAGGUGUGGUCGCUGGACGUGCACCCGGAGGCGGCGCUGCUGGUCACGGGCGCCACAGACGACGAGAUACGCAUGUUCGCGGUCAGGGACCCCGAGUCCGCGGACGCCGGUGACGCUGAGCCCAGCACGGCCGCCGCCGCCGGCACCGGCACCGGCGCCGGCGGCCGCGACCACACGGUGCUGGUGGCUAUGGGCGCCGUCAAGCGCGGCGCCGCCAGCCACGAGCGCGUGGCGCUGCUGCGCUUCAGCGGUGGCGGCGGCUGGCUGGCGGUACAGGGGGCGGGCCGCGGGCUGGAGAUGUUCCGGGUGCGUGACGAGGACGAGGCGCGGCGGAAGAUGAAGCGCCGCAAGAAGCGCCGGAAGGAGAAGAGCAGCAAGAAGGAGAAGGAGGGCAAGGGCAAGGGCAAGGCGGGGGCUGCGGCGGACAGCGAUGACGAGGACGACGCGGCGGGCGUGGGCGCGGCGGACGACGGCGAGGACGGCAUCAAGGCGGGAGACGUGCUGGAGGCCGUGCAGCUGAUCAGCAGCAAGCACGGCAAGAUCCGUGCCUUCGCCUUUGCGCCGCCCGCUGCGCGCCUGCCCGCCGGCGUGGCGUGCCGCCUGGCGCUGGCACUCGCCACCAACCAGAUCGAGGUGGUGGACGUGUCUUCCGAGUCGCCCGAGUACGCCACAUCCAGCCGCCUGGAGCUGCCCGGCCACCGCUCCGACGUGCGCUGCCUGGCGCUCAGCCCAGACGACUCGGCCCUGCUGACCGGCUCCAGCGACGCCCUCAAGCUGUGGAACCCGCGCACCGGCGCCUGCCUGGCCACCAUGGACAGCGGCUACGCCCUCAGUGUGCUGUUCGUGCCGGGAAACAAGUUCGCGGUGCUGGGCACCAAGGCGGGCUCCCUGGAGGUGUACGACCUGGGCGCGGCCACACGUGUCCACGUGGAGGAGGGCGCGCACGGCGGCGCCGUCUGGUCGCUGGCGGCGCUGCCCGACAAGUCCGGCUUCGUGUCGGGCGGCGCGGACAAGUCCGUCAAGUUCUGGCAGUGGAGCGUCGUGACCACGGCGGGCGCGGGCGCGGAGGGCGGCGGGCGCAGCCUGCGGCUGGCGCACUCGCGCACGGUGGCCAUGGCGGACGACGUGUUGAGUGUGCGUGUCAGCCCGGACGGAAGACUGCUAGCAGUGGCGCUGCUGGACGCCACUGUCAAGGUCUACUACGCCGAUAGCAUGAAGUUCUUCCUGUCUCUGUACGGCCACAAGCUGCCGGUGCUGUGCAUGGACAUCUCCUCCGACUCCACGCUGCUGCUCACCGGCUCGUCGGACAAGAACAUCAAGGUGUGGGGCCUGGACUUCGGCGACUGCCACAAGUCGCUGUUUGCGCACGGCGACGCCAUCAUGUCCGUGGCCUGGGUGCCGGGCACGCACUACGCCUUCAGCGCCGGCAAGGACCGGCUGCUCAAGUACUGGGACCUGGACCGCUUUGAGCUGCUGCUGGAGCUGCCCGGCCACCACGGCGAGCUGUGGGCGCUGGGCGUCAGCCAGUUUGGCGACUUCGUGGUCACGGGCUCUCACGACCGCUCCAUCCGGCGCUGGGAGCGCACCGCGGAGCCCUUCUUUGUGGAGGAGGAGCGCGAGCGCCGCCUGGAGUCCCUGUUCGAACAGGACCUCGAAAACACAGCGGCCGACCGGGACGCAGCAGCCCUGGGCGGAGAGGGCGCCGAGGGCGGCGCCGCCGCGCCGGCGGGCCGCCGCACGCUGGAGACGGUGAGCGCCGCCGACUCGAUCAUUGACGCCCUGGAGGCGGCGGCGCUGGAGAUGGACCGGUUGCGGCAGGCGGACAAGGAGGCGGCGGAGGCGGAGCGGGCCGGCAAGCCGCCGCCGCGGCCGCUGCCGAUCAACGCGGUGAUGGGCGGCAUGCCGCCCAGCGCGUACGUGCUCAAGGUUGUGUCGGGCGUGCGCGCCAGCGAGUUAGAGCAGGCAGUGAUGCUGCUGCCCUUCGCGGACGCGCUCAAGCUGCUGUCCUACCUGCCGCGCUGGCUGGAGGCGGGCGGGCCGGCGGUGGAGCUGACGGUGCGGCUGGCGGUGCUGCUGGUGCGGCUGCACCAGGGCGCGCUGCAGACCACGGCGGCGGCGCGGCCGGUGAUGUUGGGACUACAGCGGCGGCUGCGGCGGGCGGCGCAGGGGCUGAAGGACGUGGUGGGGUUCAACAUGGCAGCGCUGGGGCACCUGGCGCGGCGCGCGCGGGAGCGGGACGGCGGCACGGAGGCGGACGGCGUGGCGGGCGUGAAGCGGCAGCUGAUGGGGCCGGCGUGAGCUGUGAUGGAGAGACUGUGGUGGAGGAUGGAGUAAGGUGGAUGAUUGGCUGCUGCUAGAGGGAGGAUGGUGGCUGAGGAGACUGUGGGUGGCAAGCGGAUAGUGUGUAAGGGUAAGGUCUGCUCCGCUUCCAAUUCGGCCCUUGACGUGCGGCCGGUUCCUGCCUUGCCGGGCGGCGCCAGGCGGCGCCUUGAACACGAAGCUGCAAUCCAAUCAAGCGCCAUCCGUUAUGUGUAAUCCGGCACUGAC